UAAAGAUAAGAAAAUAUGCUUACAGAUAAAGGACUAAUAAAUUUAUUUCCUAAAGUGAUUGUCUAAUGUAAAUAAAUAUCAAUAUCUAGUAAAAGAAUGACGUAAAGAUGAUGAAACGCUGCGCGAUGAGGUUCAGUGACUGAAGUAAUAAAUAGGUAUAACACAUAGAAUUUGUUUCACACAGUUCGUCAUCUAAAUAUUUUUUCUUUUAGUCACUCUCCGUAUUAGUUUCCAUUUUGAACGUGUGCGUUUGGUGUUACACAUAUCUUGACACAGAUAAGCUCGCGUCUUCAAUUUCGUGUCCCAGUGAACUUGAUUUAUAUUUUUCAACAUGGCUACCGCCGAAAAUCUCACUGUAUCGAUUAUAGAAAAAGAAAAACCACUUGGAGCGGAAUUUGUGAUAGGAGCGGUAGCGGCUGCAGGCGCUGGACUAUUUACUAAUCCAGCAGACGUUAUUAAAAUACGAUUGCAACUCCAAGGAGAACUCGAAGCUAGAGGAGCUUACAGAAAGAUAUACAAAAAUACAUUUCACGCUGCUUAUUUGAUAGCCAAACACGAAGGAAUAUUUGCUUUACAAUCUGGUAUUGCAUCAGCAUUAUAUUUUCAGGUCGUUCUCAACGGUAUACGAUUAGGUGUAUAUAACAGUGCUAAAAAGUAUGGUUUCAUACAAGACAGUAAAGGAAAUACGGAUAUCCUGAAAACUGUGCUCAUCACAGGAUUGGCUGGUUGCUUAGGGGGUGUUCUCGGUAGCCCAUUCUAUUUGGUCAAGACACAAAUACAAGCUCAAUCUGCGCAAUCUAUUGCUGUUGGUCAUCAACACAAUCAUACUGGAACGUGGUCAGCAUUUAAAAAACUUUGGAAACAAGGUGGUAUCGCUGCGGUAUAUCGUGGCUGGUAUGCCAAUAUACCAAGAUUAUUUGUUGGAUCGUCUACGCAAUUGACUACGUUCGGUUUGGUUUCGGAUUGGUUAGAAUCUUUGAAUGUAAGUAGACGAUCAUGUGAUAAAUUUGUCUCAAAUACAACUUUUGUUUCAUUUGUUCAGAUACUUACAGACUAUCCUAUAACUUCAACAUUCGUUUCCUCGUUAAUCGGUGGAUCGUGUGUAGCCGUUACUAUGCAACCUUUUGAUGUAUUGGCCACAAGGUUAUAUAAUCAAAAAGCAACGAAAGAUGGUAAAGGUACUCUCUAUAAUGGGCUCUUUGACGCUUUAGUUAAAAUUUGGCGAACAGAAGGUUUAUAUGGCUUAUACAAAGGAACUUUCCCAACGUGGAUGAGAAUAGCACCGCACACAGUUUUAUGUUUAGUAUUCUAUAAAAAAUUAGAUCAAUUAUACGAUGAUGUAAGAACAUAAAACGUAUUAAUCUUUAUAUAUAUAAAUAAUCAAUUGCAUUCUAUGUAAUGGAAAUGUAGAUUGUGUAUAUUUGUUUAUGUAAAUAUAUAUAAUAGUUAAAAUAAAUUCAUUUCUUCGUCAAAAAAUUA